AUGGGUGAGGGAGAGCGUUUCCAGCUGGGGACUGUGGGCGCGUUGACUCUUUCUGUGGUCUCAUCUGUGUCCAUUGUGAUUUGCAAUAAGGCGCUGAUGAGUACAUUGCAUUUCAUUUUUGCUACUACUUUGACCAGCUGGCAUCUGCUUGUCACAUUUUGUUCCCUUCAUGUGGCUCUCAAAAUGAGAUUCUUUGAGCACAAACCUUUUGAGCAGAAAGCUGUAAUGGGAUUUGGGGUUUUAAAUGGGAUCUCCAUUGGACUCUUAAAUUUGAGCCUGGGGUUUAAUUCUGUUGGCUUCUAUCAGAUGACUAAGCUGGCCAUCAUUCCUUGUACUGUACUGUUGGAGACCCUUUUUCUUGGGAAGAGAUUCAGUAAGAGAAUUCAAUUUGCCCUUAGUAUCCUCCUUCUAGGUGUCGGGAUUGCUACUGUCACAGAUUUGCAGCUCAAUGCUCUUGGCUCUUUCUUAUCUUUUCUUGCAGUGAUUACAACAUGUGUUGCUCAGAUUAUGACCAAUACUAUCCAAAAGAAGUUCAAGGUUUCUUCCACCCAGCUUCUGUAUCAAUCAUGUCCAUAUCAAGCAGCAACCCUGUUAAUCUCCGGUCCAUAUCUGGAUAAGCUUUUAACCAGCCAAAAUGUAUUUGGUUUCAAGUAUACAACACAAGUGACGGUUUUCAUAAUUCUUUCCUGCCUUAUCUCCAUAUCGGUCAAUUUUAGUACAUUUCUUGUUAUUGGAAAGACAUCUCCUGUCACCUAUCAGGUUCUUGGACACCUGAAGACAUGCCUUGUCUUGGCAUUUGGUUAUAUACUUCUCCAAGACCCAUUUAGCUGGAGAAACAUACUGGGUAUCAUGAUAGCCAUGAUGGGAAUGAUUCUAUAUUCUUACUAUUGCACACUUGAGAACCAGCAAAAAGCUGUUGAAGCUUCAUCACAAGCAUCCCAGGCAAGAGAGGCUGAGUCUGAUCCUCUGAUCAAUGUGGAAAAUGGAAGUGCAGUUGUGAGUGAUACAGUUGGACAGAGACAAUUGUCCCCUGUAUGGAGCAAGAACAAAGACUAG